AUGCGCGUCUUCUGGGCCGAGCGGUCUUGUCCGAGUUCAAGCAGGCAGGACACGACGGGCACGGCCUACUCGCGCGCCACCGCAGACCUCGUCAAGCUCGACCUGCACGACGGCCAAGCCGUCGAGACCUUGCUCGCCGACUUCAAGCCCGAGCUCGUCGUCCACUGCGCCGCCGAGAGGCGCCCGGACGCCGUCGAGUCGAACCCUGAAGCCGCCAAGAAGCUCAACAUUGCCGUCCCCGCCCUCCUGUCGACCCUCUCCCGCUCGUCCUCGCACCCUUUCUUCCUCCUCUACAUCUCGACCGACUACGUGUUUGACGGCCACGCUCCUCCGGCGGGCUACGAGCCCGACGCUGAGACGGCUCCGACCAACCUGUACGGCGAGAGCAAGCUGCAGGGCGAGGUCGAGACGCUCAAGGGGAUCGAGGCCGGCGGCAAGGGCUGCGUGUUGCGGGUACCCGUCCUGUACGGCAAGGCCGAGAGCCACUCCGAGUCGGCCAUCAACAUCCUCGUCGAGUCGGUGCGCCAGGCGGCAAAGGGCGAGCCGGUCAAGAUGGACAACUGGGCCAAGCGCUACCCGACUAACGUCGCCGACAUUGCGCGCGUCCUCGUCGAGCUCGCAGAGAAAUCCUCGUCGACCACCCUCCCCUCGAUCCUCCACUUCUCGGCGCAGCAAGAGCACACCAAGUACACGAUCGCGCAGCUCUUUGCGCGGCUGCACAACCCGCCUCUCGAGCUCGGCGACAAUCUCGUCCGAGUCAGCGACGGGCCCAAGCCGGGCGAGACGGUGCGGCCGCAGGACUGCCACCUGUCGAACCGCGCCAUCGAGGCGCUCGGCAUCGAUACGUCGCGGUGCGUCGACUUUGAGGCGUGGUGGCGCGAGUACCUCAAGGACGAGUAG